CUUGGCUCGACUUCUCCAAAGAUAUUUAGUAAAAUGGCUAGUCGUGCCGUUCCCUGCCUUUGCCUCUUGGCCGUUUCGCUCUCGACGGCUGCCAAUGUCAUCCAGGACGUCGCUCAGGUCGCAGAGUCAGCCACUGAAAAGCCCAAGGGUGGCUAUCCUGAAGGCUGGAAUUUGGUGACGCUGUCGGACAACGGAAAGAAAUACUUUCCGAGAAGAAGGUGAGGGACUGGUGGGUGUCGCUGACGAACGACGGCCGCGCCAAAGACGAAUUCAGGUGGCACGACGGCGAGCGAGUCGCCGUCAACAGCACCCUGUGGAACACGUUGGAGCUGGAGCCGGACCAGUACCUCGAGGGCAGUUCGUGCGCUUACAUCAACACCGAUUCCAGCGUCGGAUUGUGGGACUACUACUGCAUCGACUCGGACCCCAAUUUCCUCUGCGAGUGCACCGCAUUUGGCGCAAUAAUCAAUUCAUCUCGAUUUUUUAAGUCUUAAUUUUUUUUUUUGCUCUUUUUAUCCCUGUCCGAGGACCGGAGGAGCGGGAAGGGCGCGCGCUGCACUAGCACGAAUGCUGAAACCCGGGUCCCAAUAACACCGCGAACGGAUUGAAUGGGCGCACCAGGCCGCACAUUUCAGGGACCCAGCCCACUCAAGGGCCACUUGCCUCCGCACCCCGAGGACUGCAUUGAAACGCUAGACAUUUGAAAUUGAAGAAUUAAUAAUUGUAUUGUAAACAUUUGAACAAAAUUUAAAACUAAUAUUUUUACUUCCUGAAUCAUUACAAAAACUAUAGUAACUUACGUAACUUAACACAAGAACCGUGUAUUGAUUUGAGUAUUCAUGCCCUGUCGGCACCUGUUUUUGAGCAAAAUAAGACGAGAAACAUUUUCCAGUUUUACACACUGUUAAAAAUGUAUUACCAUGAGCAAAUUUUAAAUUUUUAUUAGUUUCCAUUUUGCUCUAUAUAAAUAUUCCACAUAAACUAUUAUCAUUUAAUACCUGCUGCACUUUAGGACAAUAUACUAAAUUGAUAAUAUGAUGUUCUGCAAAUUAAUUCUCGACACGGCAGCUGCGUGGUUUCUAAAUUUACACCAAGGUCAUAGUACGUUUGUUUCGGUUUAUCGCACACACCAGUCAAAAAGCACACGACAUGUCAAAGGCCAGAUCGGAAAUAUUGAUUCGAGAUUGUUUACUGUGUUGGUCCAAAAUCAAUUGAGAAUUGCAUCGAAAGAACGUAAAAAAUGUUAAAUUCGUCAUCAGCAUGACACUCGUCACAUCUCACAAUCAGUCGAGAGCGAGGAGUGAGAACGGUUCCGCGCGUCAUUCUCAAUUUGAGCCCGGCAUAAAGAUAACGAAAUGCUGAAAACAAGGGAUUGACAACACCCACCUUUGAUGAAUGCAAUUCCGGCAAAGAAAAAUAUAAAAAGUUCAGGGGUAAACAGAUUAUUUUUAGGGACGUGUUCCUCGGGCCUUAAAAUGCAGAACACGUCUCUUUUAAAGAUGUCUUUCAACUUUUCCUAAAGAUAAUUUGAGCUCAAAAGUUUUUAGCGGUUUUAUUGUUGGCAGUGAAAGAUUUGGUAAAGAAAAGUAUGUGAACUUAACCUCUGGAAAAAACGAGAUAAACAAACAAGCCAAAAGCGACGAAGGGUCAAACAUAUAUUUUUAUUUAGGCCCUAUCUUUAUUAUUCAUUCCGAAUCUUUUUUACUUGAACCGCUAGCGAUAAAAAGGCAGAGAAGCCGACAAAAAUCAUCAUUUUUCUUCUGCUGCUCUCUUGGUAACUCCUCAUUGCCGUCUCGUAUUUUUAAAAUUAAUAAUCGAUAAAUUUAAAAUUUCCACAGGUACGAAAAUGCGGAUUCUCUCAGUUGCUCUGUUUUUGGGAGUUGUGUCCGCAGAUGCAGACACAAAUCAGAUUGUUUCACAGCUGGCGAAAAAACUGCAGUGCGAACCAAAUCCACUGAAUUUGACCACUUUGGCAAACGGCAAGAAAUACUUUUUCUCCGCUUUUGAAGUGGAUUGGUACGAAGCGAGAAGGUUCUGCGAAAGCAACAAAAUGCACCUGGCAGCACCGAAGACUGUGGAAGAACUCGCGCUUUUCUUCGAGGAAACCAAGAAGGUCACAAGCCAAGCGUGCUGGUGGGUGUGGGCGAUGGCGGCGUCGGCCGGGGGUCGCGAGUCGGGCGAGUUCUGGUGGGGCGACGGCGAGGUGCUGGCCGAAAACAGCGCCCUCUGGUCCGGCGGAGACCCGAACGACGCCAAAAAGGGCAAAAACGUGUGCGUCUACGUCAACAACCAGGCCAACGAGAAGCUCAGGGACUACAGCUGCGCAGAAAUCCAACGCUUCAUUUGCCAACUGCCUCAAUACUGUUAUUAAAAUUUGUAUAGCGUAUAAAAUAAAUGUUUUAUUUGCUACAAUUAAAGAUUGAAAAUUGUUGCAACAACCUACAAGGUGCUUAUUUUUGCUAGCCGACAUUUCGUAGGAAAUAAAUCUAGAAUUUAAUUUAAAUCUUAA